ACAGUUCGGUUCCAAGCCGAAGUCGCAGAAUUGAAUUGAGAAUUUGCAGAUGCAGAUGUUCAUUUGUUUAUUAGUCACAGACCACGUUUUAGUGUUUUCUUUCUGAUUACUUCUACGAUGGUGAACGUUAGUGAAUCUGCUGUUGAGAGUAUCGGCAAGGUUCUCAGCAAUGCUUCGCGGCCCAUGAAAGAGCGCUUUCGGGCGCUAUUUACACUCAGAAAUAUUGGCGGCGAGGCGGCGAUUCAGUGCAUAAGCCAGUGCUUCGGGGAUGAAUCGGUGCUGUUAAAACACGAGCUAGCCUACUGCUUAGGCCAAAUGCAGGAUAAAAGGGCUAUACCGAUUCUGAGGAGCGUGUUGGAGGAUACAAAUCAAGACCCCAUAGUGCGCCAUGAGGCUGGUGAAGCUCUAGGUGCAAUCGGUGAUCCAAAUCUUCGUGAGCUGCUUGAGAAGUACCAACAUGAUCCAGCAGUCGAAGUAGCGGAGACUUGCCAAAUAGCCAUACAAAGACUAGACUGGGUCGCAAAUGAUACUCAGAAAGAGAACCUAUCAAAGAGCUUGUAUGCAUCUGUGGACCCAGCUCCGCCCAGCACAGAGAGUGAUAUUUCCAAGUUAAGUCAGAUACUGAUGGAUGAGACUAAACCUCUAUUUGAGAGGUAUAGGGCUAUGUUUAGCCUUAGAAAUAUCGGGACUAAUGAAAGCAUAAAAGCUUUGGGUGAAGGUUUCAAAGCCAGCAGUGCCCUGUUUCGGCACGAGGUAGCUUUCGUUUUUGGCCAGAUGCAGGAUGAGCGAAGUGUGCAAUUCCUGGUCAAAACCCUGGAGGACACAAAUGAGCAUGAGAUGGUCCGCCAUGAGGCUGCAGAGGCCAUGGGAUCAAUUGCUACUGAAGAGUGCAUUGAGGUUCUGAAAAGGUAUUUAAGUGACCCUCGGGCCGUGGUCCGCGAGAGCUGCGAGGUGGCCCUGGACAUGUCGGAGUACGAGAACAGCCCCGAGUUCCAAUACGCAAACACGUUGCUCGCCGUCCAGGCGUGAGAACCGCGGAUUUAUUUCGCGAACCACGUACGUUGGUUCGUCUAUUUGCAUCUCGCUCUUGCAUAUUCGAGUGAUAGAGAGGCAAAUAGACGAUUCGAUAGGUCGUUUUAAUUUUCAUUGAUAUCUGGGCGCGUCCAUACCUAAAUCUAGCAAAUGCACCGCUAGUCAGCCAUUUGGAUCAUUUGCGAAAGGAUCUGUAAAUGCUCUGCAAUGGCGCGCUGGGGAGCAUUCGAUCUAGACAGACCUUAAGAUUUUAUACAACUAAGCGAGCCAAGUGGUACUUGCCUAUUUUUUUCCAAUUUUUUUUAAAUAAAAAUAUAACGAAAAGUAGAAGUGUGUUUUUUAACAACACAACUACAUUAUUUGAGUUUGUACCGCCUAUAGCGAACGUCCUAACUUUUCCAAAAUGAUGUAAAAUCCACUUUAACCAGGUUUAUGUAAAAAAUAAUUAGCCUCAUGCAUGAAGUUUAUAUUUGAACGAAAUAUGUUUUAUUCGGAUGUUUGUUACCGUUAUAUCAUGUUACAAAUGCAUUUCCGUUUUUAAAUUACCAUUUAAUUACUUAAAAUUAUAAAUAAAAAGUACAAAAAUUUUCCCGCGAAAAGCUAGUGAGCGAAACGCUCGAAACGCCACGUGACGUCACGCGUUCGACAGAUUAGUGUCAUUAGUAGCAAACGUCAGUUGGACCGCCCAACGUGUGACGUUAUCACGCUUUGUCGAAUUCGCGCCAAAAAUUAUGAGCGUUUCAACCGCUCAAAAAAUUUCAACAUUUUAAAUAUUUUUUAAUAAAAUAAUGUUAAGGUUUACAAAAGUAUUUUUAUCAUUUCCGGUGUUCCAACGAUAUAAAUUAUGAAUCCAAAAAUAAAAAUGAAUUCAUGCAUGGAGCUAAUUGAGGUAGUCUUAGCUUUACAAAAUAAACCAUCUGUCUAUUAAAAGCUGCAUGAAUGGAUUGAAAUUCAAUUUCAAUGACAUCAAUAAUUGUGGGUGAUAGUCACACCAAUAUUUACUGAAGACCAAUAUUAUCUGGCUCUAGAGUGCGUGUUCAGAUAUUUUUGAGCAACUCGGCCGCUCUGAUAUAUCUGAUGGCGACUGUCCAACGUGUAUUUACGUCUCACAUUUUGGUUAAUGAGAGAGUGAGACGCAAUGCACAUUGGACAAAGAGAUUGGCAAGUGGAAUACCACCCUGUGUCGAAGUGAGAGUGAAAGAGAUGGUACGAGUAACAUGGUCUCGGUCGUCAGUUUGGUUUGCAGAUAUAGUUUGUCAAAGGGCUGGCUCAUUUCACACAUAGACAGAGAUAAUCAUACUAUCUUUGUCUUACACUAGUACUAGCAACCAAAAGAAAAGGAUGAGUAUAGUUUUCUUUGUUUAUAUUUACUGACAACUUGGUUUAACCAACUAUAGUAUAACAGCAACACUGCACCCUCGGUAAACCUUAUGUCUUUGUAGGUACUAAAGUUUACGAAUAGGGUUGGCAACUGUAUAAAGUUUUUAUAGAUGGCGCCAGCAUAGGUUUCCCCUGUUUCUAGUUUUGUACCACGAGAUCUAGCUUAAAGGCUGGAAUCCGGGUAAUAAAAUACCAAAAUAAAAACAAGAAUUUGACACUAUUCGUACGAUUGACAGGUAAAACCUAUGCUGGCGCCAUCUGUAAAAUACUUCGACCGGCAACCCAAUUGUCAGUUAAAAAUCUGAACUGCAUUUGCAAGAUAGGUUAAAUGUCAAUGUUGGCGAAAUUAUGAUGUAAUUUCUUACUAACAAUAUGUCCCAGUGGUCAUAGAGAAAUAUACUAGUUAAUUUAUUUUUUCUUUAUUUAAAGUAAUUAUCAUGUUAGAUAUUACUAUUUGUUAUUUUAGAUAUUCAGCGUUACCUAUUGAUUCACUUAUUGCUAGCCGAAUAUUAAUGAUUAUGGAUGACCUUUUGUAAUACACAUAGGGUGACUGCUAGUUAUUGGCCACUACAUAGUAAUUGGCCACUCCUAACAAAUCAGUAAGAAACAAGCCAAUUGAAGCCUUAUUGUUAAGAGUGGUCAAUUACUAUUUAGUGGCCAAUAACUAUAGCAGUCACCACUACAUUACUGAGUAAUUGGCCACUCCUAACAAAUCAGUAAGAAACAAGCCAAUUGAAGCCUUAUUGUUAAGAGUGGCCAGUUACUAUUUAGUGGCCAAUAACUAUAGCAGUCACCACUACAUGACUGAAUAAGUAUUAAUUUGAA